CCCUGAGCCCCCUUUUUGACCUUGUUCCACUACGUACUAUGAUGUCGUCUUCGCGUUCGCCGACACCUGGUGUGCAGACGAUAACACGCAAAGUGAUACGCAAACUGGAAGGACUGGGCGAACAUCCGGUAGAGGACGAGUCGUCGAAUCCUUCCUCUGAGGACGAUGAACCUUUGGAAAAGGAAAAGGAAAAAGACAAGAUAGACUGGGAGAUACCACGCAAGGUGUUGCAUUCUUCGAUAGGGUUUGGGACGCUGUAUCUGUACGUCUCAGGCGGGUCACCAGCGCCCGUGACACGCGUUCUAUGGACGUCCCUUUUGCUCGUCAUCCUCCCCGCCGACAUCCUCCGGCUUACCCUUCCCCGCUCUCCCUUUGCCAGUCUGUACAACGUCCUCCUCGGUCCCCUCAUGCGGCCGAGCGAGCUCACCCAGACAAACGGCGUCAUCUAUUAUAUCCUCGGCGUCAACAUCGUGCUCACAUUUUUGCCGCUGGAUGUCGCCGUGGUGUCUAUCCUCAUCCUCUCAUGGGCAGACACGGCUGCGAGCACGUUUGGGAGGAUGUACGGGCGGUGGACGCCGAAGCUGCCGUGGUCGAGGAAGAAGAGCCUUGCAGGGUUCGUUGCUGCUGCAGUAACCGGGUCUGCUAUCGUGCUCGGUUUCUGGGGCGGGAUUGGGGGCCAUUCUUGGGUUCCUGCGGAGAAGGGCUGGACUGGGACACUGGUAUUCGGUGCCUACGCUGGUCUGGUCAGUGCACUGGCAGAGUCACUCGAUUUUGGACUGGAUGAUAAUUUAACACUGCCUGUUAUCGCAGGUGGUUGCCUUUCUGCAUUUAUUGCCGUAUAUAAUCGCUUGUUUACGUAACUUACA